AUGGACUUGUUACUGUUGAUUUUGGGGCUCUACUACCUCUCCUGGGGGCUGCUUCGAGCCCUCCUCUACUUGGCAAAUAGAGGUAAACCGAGCAUGGUCGGGGUGCUGUCCCAGUCCAAGGCCACUCCCGUGGUCGUCACUUCGGCCCCAUUGACAGGAGAGAUCCUCCAGACCUUUGACACAUUAUUUUCCAACCGCCUGGUCCCUGAUACCAUCACGGCUCUCCGUCGUGAUGAGUUCGGGCAGUCUUGGAUGUCAAUCUCUCUGCUCUGGAAAAACCUCCGGCAGAUCUGCAACGCGCACCUUUUCACGCACAAGAUCCUUGAGUCGAACCAACACCUCCGCCGCCAUCAAGUCCAGGAACUCCUGGCUCACGUUCGGAAGUGCAGUGAGUCGGGAGCCUUGGUGAACCCUGGCGAGGUGAUAUUCACAGUUGUUCUCAACCUAUUGGCGAGCACCAUGUUCUCCAUAGACCUGGCGGACCCUACCUCAGAGAUAACCGCAAGUUCAAGGCUGCUGUCUGGCGGAUCAUGGUAG